GCCCAAUUUUCCCUUCUGUGUUUUCCAUGCCCGAAAUCGAAAAGGGCUGAAACAAAAAGCCUUAAUACACGACAGGAACACCUAAAGACUUCUCUACUUAAACAGCCAUGUCGACAACACAUCGUUACUCCCAUGCCUUUCCCUCGCUGUUACUCUACCUUCCUCUCCUCCAAUUGCCUCCCCAAACUUAACUCGACCACCGGCACCGGCACCGGCACCAGCUUCUCUAUCCCUUCUGUCCCAACCCUCCUGAGAGCCUGCAAGACCUCCCUCCACCUCCACCAACUCCACGCCCACAUCAUCCGCAAAGGCCUCGAGCAAGACCACUUCGUUGUCACCCUUUUCGUCUCCCUCUCCAACUCCCUCUCCACCCUCUCCUACUCUACCAGCGUCUUCAACCGUGUUCUCAGGCCUAAUACCUUUCUCUGGAACUCUCUCAUCAUUGGUUACUGCCAGAAGUCUCAUUUCAUCGACGCCGUUUCGAUCUUUAUUCGCAUGAAGAGGGAGGAGCGCAUGCCCGAUAAGUACACAUACCCGUCGCUCAUUAAAUCCUGUUCCAGCGAGUGCGAGGUUAGGUUAGGGAAAUCAAUUCAUGGGUCCGCGUUGAGGUGUGGAGUUGAAGGGGAUGCCUACGUCAGGACGAGUUUGAUUGACUUGUAUGGGAAAUGUAGAGAGAUUGCGAGUGCUCGUAAGAUCUUCGAUGAUAUGUCUGAGAGAAGUGUUGUUUCGUGGACGGCUAUGGUUGUCGGGUAUGCCACCGUUGGGGAUUUAGCGGAGGCAAAGAGGCUGUUCGAUGAGAUGCCGCAGAAAAAUAUAGUGUCGUGGAAUGCAAUUAUUGGCGGGCUAGUAAAACUGGGAGAAUUGAGGGGUGCUAGAAGGAUAUUUGAUGAAAUGCCCGAAAAGGAUGUGGUGUCUUAUACUACAAUGAUUGAUGGGUAUGCAAAGGCGGGUGACAUGGCGUCCGCAAGGUUUUUGUUUGAGCAGGUCCCUGAUAGGGAUGUUUUUGUGUGGUCGGCCUUGAUAUCGGGGUAUGCACAGAAUGGUCAGCCAAACGACGCGUUGAAAGUUUUUCUUGAAAUGGAUUCAAGUUGUGUAAAGCCGGAUGAGUAUAUUAUGGUAAGCUUGAUGUCAGCUUGUUCCCAAGUGGGUGGUUUGGAAUUGGCUAUUUGGGUUGACUCCUAUGUGAGCCGGAGCAAAAUAGAUACUUGUCAACCUCAUGUUGCUGCAGCUCGUGUCGACAUGAAUGCGAAGUGUGGAAACAUGGAGUUGGCGACGAAGUUGUUUGAGGAGAUGCCCAAGAAGGACCUAAUCUCAUAUUGUUCCAUGAUACAAGGGCUGUCGUAUCGUGGGCAUGGGAAACAGGCUGUUGGCCUAUUCAAUAGGAUGCUAAACGAAGGGCUGGCUCCGGAUGAGGUAGCCUUCACGGUCAUCCUGACAGUGUGUAGUCACGCUGGGCUUGUUGAGGAGGGUUGGCACUACUUUGAAUCCAUGAAAUAUGACUACUCCAUAGUUCCCUCUCCUGAUCAUUACGCUUGCAUGGUCGAUCUUCUUAGCAGGUCAGGAAGACUGAAAGAAGGUUAUGAACUUAUAAAAUCAAUGCCGGUGGAGCCACAUGCUGGUGCCUGGGGUGCACUUCUUGGGGCCUGUAAGCUACAGUGCGACGUGGAAUUAGGGGAGGUGAUUGCUGCUCGCCUUCUUGAGCUUGAGCCGCAUAAUCCCGCUAAUUAUGUGUUGUUGUCCAACAUCUAUGCAGCAGCUGACCGAUGGUUGGAUGUUUCUCUUGUGAGGGAAAAAAUGAAGGAAAAAGGAGUUAGGAAAAUACCUGGUUGCAGUUGGAUUUAGUUCAAAAGGCUCGGUUUCUUGGUAUCUCUUCUCAUGCAGUGCCCUGGUUUUGCCGAUUUAGAGCAACAUUUGGUGCAGUUGAAUUGGAUAUGAUUUGAAAUUCAAUUCUAUAGAAUUCAAACUUCUGGUUCCUUGUUAUAGACGACAGUAUCUAAACUAUAAUCCUAGACAGCGAUGGUUUAUCAUUGAACCAUGACAUGGAAAAUGCGGUUCAGCUACCGGAUUCUAACAUAAUCCGGUCAGUUAUGCUUGCCCCUUUUUUUCAAUGGACAAAUAUUUUUUAAUCUGGAUUCUGGACUACCAA